GUCUUGUUCUACCCAACAUAAGAGCCUUGCGUUUAAAUCUUUAUCGUCGGAAGAGGGAGCGAAGGACUGAGAAAAAACUCGACUGGGAGAAAAGAGGGCGGAGGAGAGGAGGCGAAUUGUGGAUGACGACGACGGCGACUGCAACCGUUGUAUGAACCGACUUUGUUGUGAGUUGAAGAGGAUUGAGAAAUGGCGGCAAGCAAACCCGGCGUUCCGAAAUCUGGAGCCAUUUCCAAGGGCUACAACUUCGCAUCUCACUGGGAACAGAAAACUCCGUUAUCUGAGCAGCAGCAAGCGGCCAUUACAACGCUCUCGCAUUGCAUUGCGGAGCGGCCAUUCCCACCCAAUUUGGCUCAGGACGGCACUACAGGCCACCAGAAUGGCCUAACUGUCUCCACCAAGGACAGCUCUUUGGGCUUGGAACAUUCCGCCGCCAUUGAAGCUGUUCUUGUCAAUACGAAUCAGUUUUACAAAUGGUUUACAGAUCUUGAAGCAGCAUUGAAGUCGGAGACAGAGGAGAAGUAUCGACACUAUGUAGACACUUUGACAGAACGCAUUCAGACAUGUGAUGGCAUACUCGGUCAGGUGGAUGAAACCCUAGAGUUGUUUAAUGAACUACAGAACCAGCAUCAAGCAGUAGCAACAAAGACUAGAACCCUUCACGAUGCUUGCGAUAGACUGUUAAUAGAGAAACAACGGCUGAUUGAGUUUUCGGAAGCACUCCGUAGUAAGCUCAACUACUUUGAUGAAUUGGAGAAUAUUACUACCAACUUUUAUUCUCCAAACAUGAAUGUUCUGCAUGAGAACUUUCUCCCUCUUCUCAAACGCCUUGAUGAGUGCAUAUCGUACGUCGAAAGCAAUCCACAGUAUGCAGAAUCCAGUGUUUACCUGCUCAAAUUUCGACAACUGCAGUCUCGAGCCUUGGGAAUGAUUCGUUCUCAUGUACUUUCAGUUCUCAAGGGUGCUUCUUCUCAGGUACAAGCAGCUAUCCGGGGCAGUGGUGGCAAUAACACAUCUGUUUCUGAGGGUGUAGAAGCAUCUGUUAUAUAUGUCCGUUUCAAGGCAGCAGCAAGUGAGCUUAAGCCAGUGCUGGAGGAAAUUGAAAGCAGAGCAUCAAGGAAAGAAUAUACUCAGAUCCUUACAGAAUGCCACAAACUCUACUGUGAACAGAGACUUUCGUUGGUAAGAGCUAUAGUACAUCAACGAAUAUCUGAAUUCGCGAAGAAAGAGGCCUUGCCAUCACUGACUAGAUCUGGCUGUGCAUAUCUAAUGCAGGUCUGCCAGCUAGAGCACCAACUUUUUGUUCAUUUUUUUCCAUCUUCUGCAGAGGACGUUUCAAGUUUGGCUCCAUUGAUAGAUCCUCUGUCUACAUAUUUAUAUGAUACACUGCGGCCAAAACUUAUUCAUGAAACAAAUGUUGAUUUUCUUUGUGAACUUGUUGAUAUAUUGAAAGCUGAAGUCCUAGGUGAACAGUUAAAUCGGAGGACUGAAUCAUUAGCUGGUCUACGUCCUACAUUAGAGAGAAUUCUUGCCGAUGUUCAUGAGCGGUUAACUUUCCGUGCUCGAACACAUAUUCGUGAUGAGAUAGCAAAUUAUUUUCCUCUGGAUGAAGACUUGGAUUACCCUGCAAAGCUGGAAGGAUCAGCGGCCGAUCAACUUGAAACUACUUCUGCUGAUGAAAACCUUGUUUUUAAAACAUGGUAUCCACCUCUAGAGAAAACGAUAUCUUGCCUUUCAAAGUUGUAUCGCUGUUUAGAACCAGAAGUUUUUACUGGUUUAGCACAGGAAGUAGUUGAAGUUUGUUCAGAAUCUAUCCAGAAAGCGGGCAAACUCAUCACAAAGAGAUCAUCCCCAAUGGACGGUCAGCUUUUCCUCUUAAAGCAUCUUCUUAUCUUAAGGGAGCAGAUUGCGCCUUUCGAUAUUGAGUUUUCUGUUACACAUAAGGAACUUGAUUUCUCGCACUUGCUGGAGCAUCUAAGACGAAUUCUUAGAGGUCAAGCCUCUCUAUCUGAUUGGUCCAGGUCAACUUCACUAGCAAGAACACUAUCUCCCCGAGUUUUAGAAAGUCAAAUAGAUGCCAAAAAGGAAUUGGAGAAAAGCCUGAAAACCACUGGUGAGGAGUUCAUUAUGUCUGUGACGAAGCUAGUUGUGGAUCCUAUGCUUUCAUUUAUUACCAAGGUCACAGCUGUGAAAGGUAGUCAGAAUCAAAAGGUAGAGUCGGUUAUGUCCAAACCAAUAAAAGAUCAAGCUUUUGCAACCCCGGAUAAGGUGGCCGAACUUGUUCAAAAGGUAGCUGCUGCAAUUCAGCAAGAGUUGCCAAUGGUAAUGACGAAAAUGAAGCUUUAUUUGCAGAACCCGUCAACACGAACUAUACUAUUCAAAGCUAUAAAGACAAAUAUUGUCGAAGCACAUGUUCGUGUACAGACCCUGCUGAAGGACGAGUAUUCAGCGGAAGAGGUACAAGGCAUCAUACACAUGCCUUCCAUACAAGAACUACAUGCACAACUUGAUAAUCUCCUUUAGUGUGCACCAUCUAAAUUGUUCUUUUAGCCGCGCGAUUUAAAGGUUAUUUUUUCGUAGAGAAGAGAAAUCCUGCAAUGUUGAACCAGUUUUACAAUACGACGAAAAUAUGUAUCAUUUUUUGUACCGUAUAAAGCGCCGGUGGGCAGUCUUAUAGGUUUUGUGUAGAACUGCUCAUGAGCUGUUUUUGUUCGAUUUCAAUUUCCAAGUUUUGGUUCAAUGAAGCACAAUUUGUAUUUUGAAAACGGUCAUAAUCUGUAUCAGAAUAUGUGCUAUUUGCAACUGGGAAAUAAAUGUUACUUGUUA